AUGUCGUCAGACUACACAUAUGAUGAGCAGGGUCAAUUCUUCCCCUUCUUCAUUUUGACCUUGAGCGGUUUGGUUACCCUUCCUCUUACCUACAAUCUUCUUCGACCAAGCAAAGUGUGUGGUCUGGUAGAGCUUGAAAAUACCGCGCCCCGCAUCAAAUCCGACUUCAAGCCAGAACAUGCCGAUCUGGUCGAAGCGCAGAAGCGCAAGCGUCUACGCAAAGAGCGUCGCAUUAAGCGCAUCAUCACCGUGAUCAUUGGUUAUUUCGUUAUGGCAUGGAUGGUCUACUUGAUCACCGUCACAGCUCGCACAACCACAAAGAUGUACGAUCCAUAUGAUAUUCUAGGUGUUUCAAGGAGCGCCGACGAACGAGCAAUCUCUCGCCACUAUAAGCGUCUUUCUCUCGUAUUCCACCCCGAUAAGAUUCGUCCCGACCCCGCCAAGAACGAGACCAUCGAAACCCUCAACGCUCGAUUCGUCGAAUUGACCAAGGCAUACAAAGCGCUGACCGACGAGGAAAUCCGAAACAACUACCUUCAAUAUGGACACCCUGACGGAAAGCAGAGCUUCAGCAUUGGUAUCGCGCUGCCCAAGCUCAUUGUUAUGGAGGGCAAUGGAAAAUACGUGUUACUGGUUUACGGCGCUCUUCUGGGUGUUCUUCUGCCUUACAUUGUUGGAAAGUGGUGGUAUGGCACUCAGCGCUACACCAAGGAGCGUGUCCUUGUUGCUACUGCUGGAAACAUCUUCCGCGAGUACAAGGAAGAUAUCUCGGAUAACGGAAUUAUCAGCGCUCUUUCCUCGGGUGAGGAAUUCAAGGACGUUCUCAAGGGCGCCAAGGCCGAAGCUGGACUUGGAAAGCUUGAGAGUAAGGUUCUGUCUGAGGAGACAUCGUUCCUUACUGCUAAGGAUCGUGAAACUUUGAAGAAAUUGGACAGCGUCACUCGCCGAAAGGCUUUGGCUUUGCUUUGGGCUUAUACUGGUCGAAUUGAUCUUGGAGAUUCGUCUUUGAAUGCUGAGAAAUAUGAAGCUGCACCUGUUGCUCUCACUCUUGUUGAGGCAUUCAGUGCUAUUGCACUUGCGUUUGGUAACCUUAAGCCGAUCCUUGGUUCUUUCAGGGCGUCUCAGAGCUUGAUUCAGGCUGUUCCUGCGGGCGCGUCACCUCUUCUUCAACUUCCCAACUUCACCCAGGAACUCGUUAAGUCGAUCGAAGGAAAGUCUUCCGGAAGCAACUUGUCCGUUCAGGAUUACAUGAGACUGCCAGACAGUGAGCGACGAAAGCGUACUGUCGGUGCUGGCCUUCUCACCGAGCAACAAUACUCCCAAGCUAUCUCCGUCGCCCAGCAAUUACCCGUUCUACAGAUUUCCAAGGCGUUCUUCAAGGUCAUGGGAGAGAAGGUCAUUACCCCCAGCAGUCUGGUACAGCUGGUUGUCAAGGCACGCUUCAUUCCACCAGGCUGCACACAGAUCCCAGCUGUCAACGAGACAGAUCUGGAAGACAUCGACCCAGAUGAUGAUGACUUGGAUGCUCUCAUGGGCCGCAAGCCGGCCAAGAACCGCGCUACCAAGAUCGUCGACGGUAAGAAAGUUGAAGCCAAGAUCGAAAAGGUACAACCGCCUCUCGCCCACGCACCCUACCUCGCCCGCGACCAUUCCCCUCGCUGGCACAUUUUCCUCGCCGACGCCAAGCAAGGCAAGAUGGCCGUACCCCCUUUCACAUUUACUACAUUUGACAAGCCGAUUCUGGACGAGGCCGGCAAGCCUACGUUCAACGUUCAGACCCUUAAGAUGCAGUUCCAAGCUCCUCCGCAAGUUGGUGACUUUUCAUUCGUCAUGCAUAUGAUCUGCGACAGUUAUCUGGGCCUAGACGCCAAACAGAACAUUACUCUGCACAUUGAAGAUCCUGCCAAGGCCGCCGCUGUGGAAGAGGAGGACGACAUCAGUGAACCGGACGAGGACUCCCUUGCAGGCCAGAUGCAAGCGCUCAAAACAGGUCAACCUCCCAAGAAGAAAGCCCGGAAGCCUUCCGAUUCCUCCAGCGAAGAGGAAAGUGACACCGACGGCGACGCAGGCGAUACCAGCGACACCAACACGGAAACGGAUGUUGAGGAUUGA